AUGCCAGGUAGGCUUCUUGCAGCGUGCCAACCUCCUCUUCAGCCCAUUCAGGAUAGUCAGCCGGUGCAUAAGCGUAGUGGGCAGCGGCUGGGUAGGUCGGGGUGGGAGCUCUCACCCAAGCUGUCAGCUGGAGGUGUCUUGGCUGAGCGGCCGGCUAUUGUCGGACCGACUCAGGCAUUCCCGCCUGAGGUGGCCAGGGUGUCCGCAGGAAAAACAUCCCCAAAGAGAGAGAAAGAGAGAAAGAAAGAGAGAAAGAAAGAGAGAAAGAAAGAAAGAAAGAAAGAAAGAAAGAAAGAAAGAAAGAAAGAAAGAAAGAAAGAAAGAAAGAAAGAAAGAAAGAAAGAAAGAAAGAAAGAAAGGGAGAGAGAUAAGACGAGAGAGAGAGAGAGAGAGAGAGAGAGAGAGAGAGAGAUGGAAAGGGAAGGGGAGAGUGAAGGAGAGAGAGAGAGAGAGAGAGAGAGAGAGAGAGAGAGAGAGAGAGAAAUCAGAAGGCAGAAAGAGAGAUUUAGAAGGGAGAAAGAGAGAGAGAGAGAGAGAGAGAGAGAGAGAGAGAGA